UUGAAAACACAAAAUAUGCUGAAUUGUUCGGUUUCAAUACAACAGAUAAAAAGUGAUUGCCUUUGGUCAACCUUAUUAGUUUGAUUAUAACCUGCAAUCGAAAGAAUUGGAAACCGGCAAAUUGGAGUGAGAUUAAAAAAACUACAGAAAAAAAAGAAAAUGUACAAAACAUAUUUUGAUAAAGACACAAAAUUGUGGAAAGGUCGUAAUUCACCUCCAUUGUACAAUCCAAAAAUUUCACUGGCUCGAGUAGUUUUACGAACUUGUUUGAAUCUCGGACCGAAAGUUGCUCAGAUAAGCGAUGACUCUGGUAUUCAAUUGACUUACGAUGAAAUUCGUUUAAAAACAAUUCGUGCUGCACAAAAUCUUCAAAAGCGAGGAUAUAAGUCAAAAAAUGUAGUUGGAAUUAUAGCAAAGAAUUCCCAUCACCUUGCUCCAAUUGUGUUCGCUUCAUUGGCCAUUGGCAGUGCUGUGAAUACGCUGGAUACGUCAUUUAAAAAAGCAGAACUUUUGCAUAUGUUAAAAACAACCAAACCGGUUGUGAUUUUUUGCGAUGUAGAAGUGUAUGAUCUGGUAAAAGAAUGUUUUGCCGAGCUAAAAAAUGAUUCAAAAAUAUUUACAUUUGGUGGUAACAAAGGUGAUUCAGAACAAGUUGAAAAUUUAUUUGAAGAAACACACAAUGAAGACGAUUUUGUACCGGUGGAAGUUGAUGGUGAAAAUGAUACAGCUGUAAUUGUUUGUUCUAGUGGUACAACGGGAUUGCCAAAAGGAGUUUGUUUGUCGCAUGCUGCUUUACUCGAUGGAAUCACACAAAUUGAUGAACUCUCUUCGACUGGUGUACUAUUGGCUUUUAGCUCACUAUACUGGAUCUCUGGAUGGUUCAUAUUGAUCGGGGGAAUGAUUAAUGGUUCAACUCGUAUUAUUACAACAGAAUCAUUCACUCCCGAAUUGCAUCUUCAAUUUAUUGAGAAAUAUAGAGUAACAUUUAUUCUCAGUGUUUCCCAUCAAAUGGCCUUACUGUUAAAAUGUGAUCGUAUUGAUCACACUGAUUUGUCAAGCCUCAAAUUGCAAAUGGUUGGGGGUGCAAAAUGUUCAUUUAAUAUUCAUAGAGAAAUCAAUGCCAAAUUACCAAACGGAAAAGUUGUAAGUGGAUAUGGAAUGAGUGAAGCGAGUAGUGCAAUUUCAAUGAAUUUGGGUGAUAAUGACUCAGUUGGUCAGUUAUUGGGUUCUUUCAUCGUUAAAAUUGUCGAUGAAAAUGGUAACCGUUGUGGCAUCGGUGAAAAUGGUGAAAUUUGCUUCAAAACCAAUUAUAAAUUUCUUGGCUACUUUGGCAAUCAGAAAGCCACAGAUGAAGUAUUUGAUGAUGAAGGAUUUUUCUUAACCGGAGACAUUGGUCAUUUCGAUGAAGACGGAAAUUUGUACUUCAUUGAUCGUAUAAAAGAACUCAUCAAGUAUUGUAAUUUCCAAAUUUCACCCUCACAAAUUGAAACGUUUUUGAUCGAAUUACCGGAUAUAAAAGGAGCGUGUAUCAUUGGAAUACCGGGUGAAGUAGCAUCUAAUGAUUUACCAGCGGCAUAUAUUGUACGCAAUGAGGCAUCGAAUAUCACGGAAAAAGAUAUUUUCAAUUUAGUUGCAGAUCACUUUGCUGACUACUGUAAACUAAGAGGUGGAGUUUAUUUCGUUGAUUCACUUCCAGUAACUCCAUCGGGUAAAAUUAUGCGGCGAAAAGUUAAAGAAUUAGCUAUUGUCUCAAACAAUAUUCGUAAAUAGUCGAAACGACAAUCAAUAAUGAAAUGUAUGAUAACAUUAUUUUCCGAAUAAAUGAAAUAUAU